AAACCCUAAAACAGCAGCAACAUGAAGUUCUUGUGCACUUUCGUUAUCCUGGCCAUCUGCCUGAUGGGAGCCUGGGCGGCAGUCUCAGAGCCCGCCCCUGUAGAGGCCGUAGAACCCGAAGUGGCCUCCGCUUUGGGCGAGAAGAAGACGGAGAAGCGCGGAAUCUAUGGCUUUGGCUAUGGACACGGAGGAUAUGGAGGCUACGGACAUGGACACUAUGGAGGAUUCGGCUAUGGCAGUCCCUACUAUGGAGGAUACGGCUACGUGCAUGCUCCCUACUAUGGUGGCCAUCACGGCUACUAUCCUUACCAUGGUCAUGGUCACUAUGGAUUCUACUAAAAACAGAAAAAAAAAACAAAAGAAAAUGAAAGGCAGUACAAGGAUCAUCCCCUCACGGAUCAUAAUGUAUAUUUUUUUUUCGAUCGCUUCAUGUUCAUUGCUGCACCAUCAUAACAUUAAAUAUAUGUUUCAUUUUUUUUCGUAAACUAUACACUCAACAAAUAAAUGUCCUUAAAAAGCUUAA